AGUGAAUUGAAGGAAAUUUGAAAGCAGAAAAAUGUAUGGAGAAAUAAAUGAUUACAACCAGCAACCUAAUUAUAGAGCUGAGCAUGGCCCUAAUCCAGGAGGAGCUGCGAACCCAAGUCCUGUAGAAUCAUAUGCAGCGGCGGCUCCACCGGCGUAUGCAUCGUAUUUCUCGACCAGUAUGCAUAUGCGCCGGCCACCUUCAACUCGAGUGGAGUGGUCUACUGGUCUUUGCCACUGCUGUGAUGAUCCAGCUAAUUGUGUGAUCACUUGCUUCUGCCCAUGCAUCACCUUUGGACAGAUUGCUGAGAUUGUAAACAGAGGAUCUACAUCUUGCGCGGAAAGUGGAGCCAUAUACGCGCUAUUUAUGGCUUUGGGCGGAUUUGCAUGCUUAUAUUCGUGUUUUUAUCGGUCGAAAAUGAGGGGGCAAUACGACUUGGAGGAAGCACCAUGUGUGGACUGCCUAGUUCAUUUCUGCUGUGAGACUUGCGCUCUCUGUCAAGAGUAUAGGGAACUCAAUAAGAAACAUGGUUUUGACAUGGGAAUAGGUUGGGAGGCCAAUAUGGAUAUACGAAAACGCAGCGUUACGGUGGCUCCUAUUGUGGCGUCUGGAAUGACAAGAUGAGGCAUUCUACUUUAGUUAUAGGAUAAAUACUAUAGAUUAGCUUAAAAUUUUAUCAUUUUUCUGUAUAUUUUAAAAAAUAGUUAUUUCUCCUAUCAUUUAAGCUGUUGGGGAAAUAAUAAUUAUUUAAAGUACACAAAAAUAUAAAUUUUAAUCUAAUUUCAAACCAAUAGUGAUUAUGUAUAACUUUAAAUCAUCACAUUGAUAUGUAUUUGUUUGCUAUUUUUGGAAUUUGAGUGUUAAUUGUUGUAUCCUUAUUUAAAUAUUGGAUAGGGAGAAUUUUUA